AUGGAUGGCGACCGAAGUGUGGAGGGGGAUGUGGAUUUAGAAACGAAGAAGGCUGAGGAGGAGGAUGCUGAGAAGGAGCAGGAAGUAGAGGAGAAGGCUAAGCGGGAUGAUGGUAAUAAGUUAGAAAGCAAAGAAGAUGAGAAGCGCGGUGCUGACCAGGAAAAAAUGGAGGAUGUUGAGAAUGAGCAAAGCAAGAGGCAGGUUUUAGAAAUGAAGAAGGCUGAGGAGGAGGGUACUGAGAAUGAGAAGGAGCACAGCAAGGGGCAGGAAGUAGAGAAGGAGAAGUUAGAAGAGGAGAGGGCUGAGAAGCGGGAUGGUAAUAAGUCUGAAAGCAAAGAGGAUAAGAAGAGCAGACCUGACAAGAAGGUCAAAGCAAGGUAA